AUGUCUACGCCACAACCCCAUCCAAAGAAGACCGGCGUCCACGAAGCGGGCCCUGCAGACCCUUCGAAGGGCAAAGCUGCGCUUGCCGAGUUCUCCGCAACGAUGAAGCGCCCAGCAGAUUUCAAGUGCUUCCGCCAAAUAGGCUGUGACGGCAUCUGCAGGACCCUUCGUUGGAUGCCAGGACCGGAUGACGAGCCAACUGGCAUAGAGGUCUAUGAUGCACAGCCCAUGUCACCGUUCCUGUUGAAGGCGUACCUUGAUCGACACGACUGGAGUCAGGCGACUGAAGACCGGUUCCGUGGUUUCGAUGGCAGGAAUACACCGAAAGAACAAUGGUUCAAUCCACUUCCUGGUGUUUUGCCAUCUCCAAGUACUAAGAACGAGCGUAUGGCAGAGAGAGAUCGAUUCAACGAAGAACGAAGAAUCCUGGAAGAGAAAAUAGCGAAAGGGGAAGUGGAGGCAGAGGAUCCGGGGCCAGCUUGCGGGGCUGUAAGAAGCAACUAUGAUCUGAGCCCACGGUAG